AUGGCCCAACAGGCCCAAGACGAAGAAAGACCUCGCAGGCUGAUCAGUCGUCUUAUAGAGAGGAUAUCUAAACACGAGAAAUCGACGCAACAUAGCCAAUGCUUGGAAGAGUUCAAAAAAGAAGCCGAUGAUAUUUCUGGAAGAAUAACUCUAGAUGACAUCUCAGCUACAGUAACUUCCACAUUCGCUGCAUAUGUGAUAGCAAAAGAGGGCCUUCCCUUUUCGAAACAGUUCCCACUUUUAAUCAUGUCUGAUGAGAUCUGGAUCUGUAGGCGUCACUGUUCAUCACGAUUCUACUACUGCAGAAUGAUAUCUGCAUUCGCUGUACACAUGAAGUACGAUCUUGUAAAAUACGUCAUCAAGAACAACCUACCCUUUUCUUUCCUUCUAGACGGUUCUUCGUCAAGCAGAGGAGUGAAGUGGAUAGUGUUUCUUCUGAGAACACUUUCAACAGACUACCAUCUAAUGACCUUACAUUUCUCUCUUACUGAAGUGGAAAGUGAGUCUGCAACUCACAUUGUGGAAGCACUACUACAAGUUUUUGCGAGUAUGGAAGGCUGGGUCAAUGAGCCAGGUCUCAGCAAGUCCUUCAAACAGCAUGCUAUGCAAAAAAUGUUAGCACUAUCUUCCGACGGUGCAGCUGUCAUGAGCGGUCAUGUUCAGGGAGUGUUUGCCAAACUAAAAGACAUAAUUGCUGAGGAGACCAAAGAUGAUCUUUAUCCUAGAAACAAUCUCAUAAUCUCAGUUUGUAUGGCCCACAAAUUGAAUCUGGUUGUGAAAGCCCAGAAAGGUCCACUAUUCAAACUUGCACAAGCCAUUGUCAUGGACUUGUACCAUCUCUUUGGAUCUACUGUGAGAACAACCGGCAGGAGCGUGUACAAGAAAGCUGCGCAAAAAAUGUGCUUCCCAGAUUUGCAGAUGAGCGCUCUUUUCACAGUGAGAUGGUCAGCUAGUUUUGCCAAUUCACUCUCCAAUAUACUUCGCGUUUACCCUGUGAUCCUACAGGCACUGGCGGAUAUACGAGAUAACAGACGUUUUAGCAGCAGCCUCAUAAAAAGAGCUACUUCGACAUUUCAUGUGCUUUCGGAUGCGAGGACGUACAUAGCUCUACAUCACGCCAACACUACCAUGCAUGAGCUUUCUGUAUUGUCGCAGUAUAUGCAGAGCGAGGAAGGGCUACUUGUUGACAACCUACAAAAAUUUUUCGCUCGACCGCUGCUCAGAAGGGAUGAUGAAGAGCGGCAACAACUUCUGGACUGGCAUUUAUUCAGAGACUUGGCUCGCCCCACAUUCUACGAAGAAAGCCCUCCGGACCUAGACAAUCCCGAACUCACCUUUAGCCUUGAAGAUGCUCCAGAAAGUAGUGAAGGUGACUUAAGGCACUAUAGUUUAGCAAAACGAUAUGAAGAUUUCGACUGGAACAAUGCUGUAUAUUCUUCCAUUGAACGUUUCUACGACGAAAUGAAGCAAGCGUUAGAUGCCCAGCUCGUGAAUAAGCCUCAUGAAUUCAAUAGUAUUGAUCUACUAGCAUUCGAUAAGCACAUUAUACUGGAUGUGAUUGAAUUCAACGGAGUUUUCGAAAACGGAUUUGUUGACUAUGUACCGACAAAUGCAAACUUCUUCAAUAGAGGAUGCCCCAGCUAUUUCAUUAUGGAAGGCGACAUACUUGAUCCAAAUCUUCGUCAACAGCAAAUUUUGGAUUCCACUGAAGUACUUAGUCAGUUCUGUAACAUCCCUGACCUCAAGGAUAGCAUGAUUGCUUCUAUAAUACUAUACCUGGCUGGAUCCGGGUAUGCCAUCGAAUCUAGCUAG